AUGAGUAAUCAACAGAACAACUCCCAGUCCCCUCCUCGCCACUGGCAUGGCAGCAUGGGCGAUCGCUAUGAGCACCACAACGUCUGGGUGAGAGGCGGCCCUCCCCAGCCAUACAUAGCUCGACGACCCUCUGCAAGCGAAACAGCAAAUGCCACUGACGACAGACGUGAAUCAACAUCAUCCAACAUGUCUUCCGGCUCAAGCAGCCCCCCAACAGCCCCCAACAGGAGACGGUCUAGUCAGGGAGCGUCCCUUUUUGAAAGUCUGACGAACCAGAAGCGGAACUCCACGGAUCCUGUUUCGGCUGCGCGUCGGGCGAGUUAUAAUGACCAGGCGCAGCAGGGUGGCUUCUUCUCGAAGUGGUGGGAUGGAUAUACUCGUGGUGGUAAAUAA